GGCUGGUCGAUGCUCACACUCAUCCAGUCUGGGCUGGAGACAGAGUGCAUGAAUUUGCGAUGAAGCUGGAAGGUGCCACCUACAUGGACGUGCACCAGGCCGGAGGAGGGAUCCACUUCACGGUUGACCACACUCGAGCUGCCGCUGCUUCAGAGCUUUUGGCCUCCCUGAAGAGUAGGUUGGUGCGAAUGCAGCGAGCAGGAACCACCCUGGUUGAGUGCAAGAGUGGCUACGGCCUGGAGCUGCAGACUGAGGUCAAGAUGCUGGAGGUGAUCGAGGAGGCGCGACUCUCUCUGCCCAUCAACAUCUCCUCAACCUACUGCGGAGCCCACGCAGUGCCCAAAGGGAAGACGGUUAAAGAAGCCACUGAGGAUGUCCUCCAGGUCCAGCUGCCUCACCUGAAGGCGCUGAUGUCUGCAGGGAAACUCCGAGUCGACAACAUCGACGCGUUUUGUGAGCAGGGAGUGUUUGACCUCGAGUCGACUCGCUCCAUCCUGCAGGCUGGCAAAGAGAUGGGUCUCAACAUCAAUUUCCAUGGAGACGAGCUUCACCCCAUGUAUUCCGCUGAGAUGGGAGCGGAGCUCGGAGCUUUAGCCAUCAGUCAUCUUGAAGAAGUCACAGACAAAGGAAUUGUUGCCAUGGCGAAAGCAAAAACCGCUGCCGUUCUUCUGCCGACCACAGCCUACAUCCUCCGACUUCCUCAGCCUCGAGCCAGAGACAUGCUGGAUGCAGGAGUAAUCGUUGCCCUCGGCAGUGACUUCAACCCCAACGCCUACUGCUGCUCCAUGCCAAUAGUGAUGCACCUCGCCUGCGUCAACAUGAGGAUGUCCAUGUCUGAGGCGUUAGCUGCAGCAACCAUCAACGCAGCGUUCGCUCUCGGCCGUUCUCACACGCACGGAUCCCUGGAGGUCAACAAACACGGAGACCUGCUGCUCCUCAACGCCACACGAUGGGAGCACCUGAUUUACCAGCUGGGAGGACACCAGGAGGUCAUUCGUUACGUCAUCGUUAAAGGCGACGUCGUGUAUGAUAACAAAGGAACCAUGGAGCUUUAACAGUUUUAACUCCCUGCUGACUCGGGUCAUCACAAACCAUCUGGGUGUGGUGCAAGAAACAAGACCGUUCCAGUUAACCAGUCACUCUAAUGGAAAUACGAUUGUCCAAUUAUGAUGCAUUUGUAUUAAUAAUGUACAAUAAAUGCUGUUUCUACAAAAAA